AUGGCUACCAUGUUGAGCUCAAACUCUCUGCAACCGCCUAAAACUGGCUCGUCCCGCUGGUCUAAAGCUCUUCCGGAUGUCCCAGGGCCUGACGACCCAAGCUUUUAUGACGACUAUUAUGAGGAAGCUUCCCCUCGUCUACCACCCGCAAAAGAACUUCCUCCUCCACCACCGCGUUCAACUAGUAUAGCCAACGCGAAACCGCUGCCUCCAUCACUGCCGCCGUUGCAUCUGCUUUCAGUUAAUACUCCUCCGUCCGGACCGCCGAAAAUGGCUAUCCCACGCCGGCCCAUUGGGAAGCUGUCUGCGAACCCACCAGCACCACCUCAAAAACCCGAGCAGCAGUUAUUAUCACCUCCAUCACCUCUAUCGCCCACAGACUCAUUCUCGAGUAUCCUGUCAGCUUAUUCACACUCAUCGGGCGAAUCAUUAGUCAGGUCACCCUACGAAGCCAACAGCAGUAUUCGUCAGAGUGAGGCAAACACAUCGUCGAGCCACCAAGCUCCACCAGCCAGCACAAGGACUGGCACGUUUAUUAGUGCCUCCACCCAGCAACAGCAGCAACCACAACAGCACCAAUAUGAUGCUCCUAAGUUGCCUGUCAACAAUACUCGUCCACCACCACUUCCUUCCAAAGACACUAAAUAUCACCUUCCAGCCACUCCUGCACCGGUUCGGAAACCAGUUCCAGAGAAUAAGCUACCUGAGCUGAAUUCUGAGUCGUCGCAAUCACAACAGCCACAGCAACCUCAACUUUGGCGUCGCAGGUCUUCAAAGGUUGAGCGGAGCCACGAACUCCCCGACCUAAAGCUAGUUUCCAGCCACGGAUCGACCGCUGCAGCUCAGUCCGCUGUCGCGCCACCACAGGCCCAACAGCCUCCUCUAGCUGGGCUCAAGAUAUCCACAACACCAAACUGGCAGCCUGGAAGCACCAACGCAACGGUUCCUGCUGGUCAGGAUAUCCGGCAGACGCCAGUUUCUGAGCAGGCACCCGAGACUCCGACAAUGGGUGUGAAUAGCUCCAAGCUCAACCGCCUCAAGGACAAGCUCCACCUUCAUCGCAGAGGAAAGUCGUCGGGCGACACUGGAAAGUCCCCUUCGGCAUCACGACCUGGAGCGCACCGUCCUCCCACACCUGAAUAUCAGAAAGAAGAUGUAAAAACACCAAUUGUUGAUUCUUUUGUAUCGCCUCUGUCACCCGCUUCAUCGCCAGAGCCCACUGCACAGGUUUCUCCGGAGCUUCCAAGCGACAUCCCCCAGAUAUCUCCCCAACAACAAACUCUAGAACCGUUAACGAGCUCUGGAAGCAUCACACGGAAGGCUAUUCCUGCUGGUAAACUUCCGAGCCCGGUUAAGGAUAAGCCAAUUUCUGGAUCACCAAAUUUCAAGAACGAAUCACCCCCAGUUGGAUCGCAACCAUAUUCAACCACAGGUUCAGGAAGUCGAGGAUCUUCUGGCAGUGAUACUGCGGUUAAUCAGUUUCAACCUCCUGCAGAAGUGUCUAAUAAAUUCCCACCAAGACAUUCGUCCGUGAGAUCGAACGCUCCGCCCCACCAAUUGGGAGCUGAGCACGACCUGAGGCUGGUACCGUCUGACUCCCAAGGACCCCUUUACAGAGGCCGAGAUGGUACAUUGUAUCCCGAGAUGAAGGUUCUGCAGGAACCUGAUCCGAGAGCGGCGUACUUUCCUAAACAGUCAGAAUUUCCCAUACCAGAGGGUACCAUCUUUAAGGCACCACCGCUGAAGAAAUCUCACUUUGCUUGUUAUCACGGCCACAAGAUAAUGAACCGCCGAACCAACCGACAUUAUCCAUUAACUUGCCAGACAUGCGACAAGUCAGAUGUUGAGGAUCGGUGGACUUGCAGUUUUUGCCAUCUACGAAUCUGCGAGCACUGCCUCAAGAAACUCAAUAGCAGCGGCAAUGACCUGCAUCGUAUGGUUGACAAUCUACAAAUAGUGUCAUAA